AUGAAGGCUCUUGGGGACGCCGGGGGGCCCAUUGACGAUAAUUACCUCAAAAAAAAAAUUCAAGACGCCACCGCGGGCGACCCCGCGUGCGAUCACGCGGACGGCUUCGACGCGGAGGAUGUCGAGGGGACCUGGGAACGCGCGGCCGCCAAGGCGCGCUUUUACAAGGAUAAAAUGCAAAAAAUGGACUACGACGGCACCGCCUAUCGCGAUCGAAGGAUGCCGGAUAUCACUAAUGCCGCCCCGCUGGAGAUGCGGCAGACAGCGGAAAAAAUCGCCCCGCACAUCCCUGGCGCGGAGGAGCUCCUCAGAUCUUUCCCGAAAGCGCGAUCCUAA